AACACCCGGAAGUGGCUCGGAACUUGUCAACAAGCGAGGCCGACUGACAUGGUACAGUCUUCCUGAACCACCCCCACCGCCCCACCCCCCCGCGAGAUGGCGCUUCUCUGACCUUUUUUAUUUUUACCCUUUUUAAAGUCUUCACUUAUUUUUUUUUUUUAUAUAUGAUUUCCAACCUUUUUAGAGGAGAAGCGUUAUCACAAUGACAGAGACUUAUAAAGUCCGAGCCCUCCUGGUUUUCACCAUAGCAGCCUGCAGUCGAUUCGAUCCUGCCCUCUGCUCCGCUCAUUGUGGGCGUUCCCUUCAAGUGUUUGACGACAAAGUGGGAGAGAUUAUGAGUUCUGCGUACCACAGCUGGUCGUACCGCUUCGGCUCUAUCUAUGACUGCUGGAUCAUCAAUGGUCGGGAAGGAGAACCCAUCGUUCUCAGCUUUUCCCAGUUUUCAGCGCGAUGUAGAAAGGAGUCGGUGUCCAUAAAAUCCUCCGCUGGCGGUGAGCCGAUUGUCCUUUGUGGAUCCAAGCUGCCGCAGCCAAUUGAAUUCCCAGGGGGAAAUAUUACAGUGAUGCACCACUUCCUCCCGCAUGUGUUCCCUGUGUCAUCGUUUCUCUUGAACUAUGCCAGAGACACUGGUGAAUGUCCCGUGACAUCUUUUGAAUGCCUCGGGGGCCGUUGCCUUCCCCUCUCCUGGCGCUGUAACGGCCAGGUGGAGUGUCUCGGUGAAGGUCCUGGUCUCGGUUCAGACGAACAGGGCUGCGAUGGAGAAACGGGAACUCCAGCCCCCUCAAAGCAGGGCAGCACACAGGAAGUAGGAACUAAAAGGGAAAUGUACACAGAGAGAAACCAUGACAGGGACUCUGACAAACUUAAGGUCAUGGAUAAUAGUCAGAGCUCAGAAAGGUCAGAGGAGAGAUACGCUGACUCUGAUCUGUGGGGGGAGGAGGAGGAGGAGGAGGAGGAGGCCCAGGUGGAUCAAGAUCCGCCUCCGACCCAUAAGGAGCUCGCUGUGACGCCAAGUCCCAUUGAGUGGCCCUGCGGUGGGCUCCUACAGACCUUUUAUGGGACAUUCUCCCCCCCGGCCAUUCGGGGUACUGCUCUGUUCUGUGUCUGGACUCUGGACCCUCAGGAUUCCCGGCCCCUCAGAUUGGAUCUGCAGCAGCUGGUCCUGGGGCCCGGGGACAGACUCACCAUCUACAACAGAGAGCAAGGCAAUGGAGAUGUUAUUAAAAUUAUCACCAGCGCCUUGAAUUACAAACCAGUCCAAGCCGAAUCCCACACUGGCGUCCUGUCGUUGACAUAUGAGACGAUUUCUGGCUCAGAGGGGAGCGGUUUUAACGCCACGUUCCACGUCGGGAGCUACUGCCCCCCAUGGGAAGGUCGGUGUGGGGGAGCAUCAGGUGGUUGCUUCACCCAGGAGCAACGCUGUGAUGGGAAAUGGGACUGUUCCGAGACGGGGAAGGACGAGGAGGGAUGCCGAGGCUGCAGUCCCAACCAGUUUGCGUGUGGAAUGGUGGGACAGAGGAUGGUGGCAUCCAGCCACUUUGCCGGCCGGCCAGUGUGUUACCCGGUCACGGAGAGGUGCAACUACCAGCUGUACUGUGCUGACGGCAGCGACGAGAGGGACUGCACCGUGUGCCAGCCGGGGACCUUUCAUUGUGACAGUGACAGGUGCGUGUUUGAGAGCUGGCGCUGUGACGGCCAGGUGGACUGCAAGGACGGCACGGACGAGCUCAACUGCACCGUCAUCCUGCCCCGCAAGGUCAUCACCGCGGCAACGGUUGGCAGCCUGGUGUGCGGGCUCCUGCUUGUGAUCGCCAUGGGCUGCACCUGUAAACUGUACUCGCUCAGGACAAGGGAGUACAGCCUGUUUGCUCCAAUCAGCCGCCAGGAAGCGGAGCUAAUCCAGCAGCAGGCUCCUCCGUCCUACGGUCAGCUGAUCGCCCAGGGCAUCAUCCCGCCAGUGGAGGACUUCCCCACAGAGAACCCCAAUGAGACCUCGUCUCUUUCUCUGAGGGGAAUCCUCCAGCUCCUCCGCCAGGACGCUGCCAACUCCCCACACCGCAGACGCAGGCCCCGCUUCGUCCGCCGGGCCGUUCGCCGCAUGAGGCGCUGGGGUCUGAUCCCCAGACCUCCCUCCAGGCCGACUCAGACAUCGAGCUCCAGCCAGCAGCAGGCAGACGCCGCCCCCUCUGGCCAGGAACCGGCUCUCUCCACUCCCACCAGCUCCUCGUUGGCCGUGGAGGCGCUGAACCAGCCGGUGCCUCAGAAACUCGGCUUGUUGGCUCAGUCCGAGCCGCAUCACCAGCAGGACGACGACGACGACGACGUACUGCCUCUUCUGCUUUCGCUGCCCCCGCCGCCCGUUGCCUCCCCGCCUCCGCCUCCGUACGCUCCCCCAGCGCCACCCCCGUCCUUCCCGUUCACUCCCCCCGUCGCCGUGCCCCCGAGCAGCCCCUCUCUCGCCUCCAUCUUCCACACGCUGGGCCUGAGCAUCUCCCUCUUCAGAGCGUCGCCCUCGUCCUCCUCCACCAACUCCAUGCCCCUCUCCGCCUCGCCCUCCUUCUCCUCCUCCUCCUCCUCAGAUGACGAGGUGCUGCUCAUCCCUCUCUCCGAAGACACCACUUCAGAGGAUGACGUGCCCAUGCUCACCUGAACGGCUUCCUCCCUCGCCCAGUGACUCACACCCCUUCUCUGUCUCCUUUUUACGCACUAAUAACUGAGUCUUUCCACAUUCGUUUGAACUUAAGCACAGGAGGUGGCCCACAGCGAGACGCACCCUCACUGUGCCUUUU